AUACUUAUUACAAGUUGACUUUCCUGUCGUAGGUAGAGCCCUAGAACUCAUUUCAAAUCAGAAAUUUUCAUCAUGGAAAGUUGUUUUACUAUCAACUGAUGAAAAUUCCUUAUACCUUAAAAAGCUCUGUAAAUUCUUCACCUUCUGAACAAUGGCCACCUGCAAGCAAACACCUCAAGAAUUUAUUAAAAAUGCGUUUACUCCCCAAAUUGCUGUGACUUGCUCUUCAAAAGCAGAACAAUGUUGUGAAAAGAAUAACUUAACUUUUGUAGAAUUACUUCAACCUUUCUGUAGAUUGAAUAGCGAAAUACAUUACAAGGAUCAUAAUGGGGUAAUGUCAACAGUGAAAAAUUUGAAAUUAUCUUUUCUUGAUGUUAAUCAUAGACCUCCACAAACAAUGCUUGCCAGGAAACAUCUCAACUUAGCAGUUAGCGAAGCUUGUCAACCAAAAACUGAAUUACUGCCUACUGGAAAUUACAAUUUAGAAAUCCCUGUAUCAACACCUUGGUUUGAAGAGUGGAGGGAAACAUUUCUUCAAGUCCAAUAUCCUUCUGAUCAUGAAUAUACAAAACACUUUUUAGCUUGCAUUUUGGUUGUAUCCUCUACUGAUACUAAUCCAGCAGAAAGUAUGAUUCAGUUAGCUCAGAACUUAAAUCAGAUGUACAGUAGUACUCCAGGAAAAUUACCCAAAUGGUUCAGCUCUAACAUUUUGAAAUUUUAUGUUAUUAUUCAUGAUGUAGUAGAUGGCAAUACUAAUGUAGCAACAGCAGCCUAUGAUAGUAUAAAAUCUGCAUAUGGAUCUACAAACUCUUUCUUACUGAGAAUGAAUUCAAGACCUCCUGGUAAUAAUGGAGUCACAGAGCAUGUAGCUGAUCCCUGGACUCAGUUUAUUUGUAAUAAUAUCAAAUCCACUUCGGAAACCUCUAACACUACUGAAAAUGUUUAUGAAUUAGCUGAAGAAGCCAAUGAAGUUAAAUCCAUUGUUACAGAAACACAGAAUUAUCAUCCUCUUAGUCCUGAUCAUGAAGAUUUAAAUCUGAAUUAUAAACUAAAUCCGAAAGAUGAAGUUAUAAGUAAACAAAAUGGUUCUAAAGUACAUGGCCUUUGUUUGAUAGCUGAAGAUUUGGAAAAUAUCAAAACACUUAUUGUGGAUUUCACUAAAAACAACUUGAUACCAUAUGUUGAGAGACAGAUUCAAAUGUUAAGUGAGAAUAUUUCUAAUAAAAAAGGAGUUAGUAGGUCAUUCCUCAGUGCUACUAAAAGGUGGUUCAAUCCUAACAAACCAGGGGUCAGUUCUGCAACAAAUAAUCUGAUGUAUGCAUCUGAUUCGCCAGAACUUCAUGUUCGAAAAUUAGGUGAUUUAUACUUCAUGUUUGGAAGUUACAGUGCUGCAUUUCAAGCUUAUCAUCUAGCUAAGAGAGAUUUUAACGCAGAUCAAGCUUGGCUUUAUUAUGCUGGUGCAUUAGAAAUGGCAGCCCUCUCAGCUUUCAUGGCUAAUGAAUCCAAUCGAAAGUCUCAUGAUUAUCUUGAAGAAAGUAUUACAACAUAUUUGAAUACAUGCAAAUUGCCUCAAUUUGCUACUAGAGCAACACUAUUAGGUUCAGAAUGUUUGAAGAACAAGUCACUCUAUGGAGAAGCAGCUUUACAAUUAAUAAGGAUGACAAGUGAAGAGUCACACUUGCGAUCAGCUCUUUUAUUAGAGCAGGCAUCUUAUUGCUUCCUCAAAUCGAAAAUGGUUCGAAAGUACGCUUUCCAUAUGGUUUUAGCAGGACAUCGAUAUUCUAAAGCUGCUCAAAGAAAGCACUCCUUGAGAAGUUAUAAGCAAGCAUAUCAGGUGUUCAAAGAUAAUGGGUGGAAUUUAGCUUGUGAUCACAUUUUGUAUACGAUUGGGAGACAAGCAAAUAAUUUGAAUUGUUUUGAUGAGGCUGUGGAUUCAUUCUCGAAGUUGCUACUUGGAGAAAGUAAACAAACUGCACAACAACAAAUUACUUUCCUCAAAGAGUACUUGACUAUUUUAGAUAAUAAAAUGAAACAUUAUUCAGAUGGCAGCCUACCAUUGUUACCUUUACCUAAUCUGGAUAUUGCAUCAUCAUUGAAAAUUCUUCUUCAGCCACUUUCCCCUCUUAAAACACCAGGAAGAGUUCCGGCUAUGGGAUUCAGUUUUGAGAAGAUUGUAGAUGAUAGCAUGGAACAAAAAUGGAUAAAAUUAGAAGAAAUGCUAGUGCAAGAAGCUCAAGGAUCCCUACCCUUGCUCUUCAAACCGAUGAUUACUCUCUUCAAUAACAAAAAACUUCUAACAAACACUCCUAACGCUAUUGUUAACGAGCCUAUACAAUUAUCUAUCCAAAUCUUCAAUCAGCUCCAAAUGGUAUUGAAUUUGAAGGAUGUAUAUUUACUUUGGACAUUCAGAACUGACGAAAAAGAAUUUUCCAAUGAGAAUUCGGCAGAAAAUAACAUCGAGAAAUACAUAAAGACACAUGUAACGAGUUCAGUCAUUUUAGAAAUAAGUGCAAAAGCUGAUGUUAUACUAAUGUUAACACCUCUGCAUGUAGGCGACUUAACCAUUACUGGAAUUAGUUACACAUUGAGCACUGGAAAUAGCUCCAAUGAUACAAUUUCAGUAAAAGGCAAACAACUGAUAAAUUUGAAAGGAAAAGUUAUGGAUGGUUUUAUUACACAAAAAAACUUAACGAUCAAAGUAGUUCCACCUGCACCUUGCUUGCAAGUAACUUUCUCUGAAAUAAAUACCGAUUUCCUGUGUGACGAGAUGCAGAAAGUAACUGUCAAUUUUCAAAAUACUGGCAGUGUACCACUUCACAAAGUUUAUUUAGCCUCUACAAUGCCCCGCAUGGUCAGUAACUGUGAAUUCAACAAAACCGAAGAUAUCGUUAUGGACUUUAGUGAUAUUGAAACAAUACAAGUUAGGGAAAAAUUAGCAAGGAAAAAUCAUAUCACUUUUGUACCUUUGCCAGACGGUGUACUGAAGUCCGGAGAAACUACCAGUAUUGUCAUUUGGCUUAAAGCACCAUCUUUAAAAGGACCAUAUUCUAUACACCUUCUUAUCUAUUAUGAAAAUAUAGACAGUAAAAGUAUCCCUAGGUAUAGAUUGGUGAGGCAAAGCUGGAAUCUGUCUGUUCGAGAGUCCAUUGAAAUAAACAUAAGUCCUCUGGAUAGUGGUAAUUCAAAGACAGUAGAAGAAAUAAGUAUAGGUGUAAAGGCAACUAAUCUAAACAAGACGUAUGACUCUGUGUUGACUGAACUUACUCUAACAAAUAUUGGUUUAUUGAGUCGACACUGGGCUUUCAUAGGUAAUAUUGUAACUCCUCAGAAUAUUAUAUUGCAUUCUCAAGAAGCGGCCCAUAUUCUUUUGAGAACUAGAAGAAAAAUCCUUGAGAGAAGUGAAUACUCUAGCAUUCCCCUUAAACAUGAAACAACAUCAAUAGCUAGUCAAUUAGCGUAUUUAGCAUUCGCUAAAAAGACUGAACAGCGAACUAUAAAUAUUUUCGAUGAUUCGGAAUUCGAAAAUUUCAAAGAGAACAGAAACGGUGUUCUACUCAUUCAGUGGCAGGCUCUAGUGAAAGACGUUAAAAGCACUCGAAAUGCAAAUGGUCAGAGUUUUGUGCCGAUUAAAUUCGAAAGAAUAAAAAAACAUCCGUUGGAAUUAGAAUUCCCAUUGGUAGAAUUACCCAUUUCUUUGGAAGAAAAUGAAAAGAAGGAGAAGCAACAUCAAAUGGAACUAUUGAAAACUCAGGUUACUUACAACAUUAUCUGUCCUGCAAUUGUUCAACACAACUUUGAAAGAAAUAGGCUAUGUGUGGUUCCAAUUGAGCUGCUCCUACACAGUGUCGUGGAUGAUGAUGUUAUUCAAGUGAUGGUUAAAACUCACAAUCCUGUGAGGAUACCAAAUACAACUAAUAGCCCAAAUUUUCUUCCAACUGCUUCUAAUCAUUUCACGUGGCUGGGGUCCAGUAUAAUCAUUCAAGAAAUGAGGCCAUUGUCAACGGAGGUACUUCGAAUGUCUUUGGCCACUUAUACUGCUGGAACUUUUGAUUUAGGGGCCAAUAUUGAAGUUUACUGCAGCAAAUUGGAUCAACUGAAAGCAACGACCCUUCAAAAUUGCCAAAUACACUCUACACUUAUUGUUACCAAUGGCAAUAGUUAACAAAUUUGUUCAAAAGAAUGUUGAUAAAUCGUAGUGUAAAAUAUUACUUUUACAGAUUUUGUACCUACAUAUAUUAAAUAUAGUGAUAUAAUAAUAUAUUGUUAUUUAACAUGUUACAUAAUACUGAGAUAUUGAAAUACUUGUUUUUAAAUUGUGUCAAUUUAUAAAACAUCGUACUUAGAGUAUAAAAACAGGUUUUUGAAUAA